GUCGGUGCUUUCAGCACAGCGCAGCCAAGCAGGCGCCAGCUAUAUUAGUCACUACUUAACAAAUGUUCGUUGUGUCCCAAUAAUAAAUACCAAAAUGUUAAACGACGGUUUAUAAAGUAACGUAUGUUAUUUCUGAUCGGUUCAUAAAGUUUCUAAAAUGCUGUCGAAUAGACGCUUGAUUGCCGUUUGUGUGUUUGUAACAUGUUGCAACGUGGGUCUUUUGGUGCUAUUCUACAAUCUGAACGCGCACGAGAGAUGCUACGUCACGCUUGACGAGCAGGCGGUGAGAACGGUUGUUUCCAACGAGUUCCUGAGCGUCGGCAUCGACACAUCAGAAAUCGAGAAACAUGACACAAUAGACUUUACAAAGCCGAGGUUUAGAAAGCUGGCGGCGGCGCUGGCGCCCGGCCGGCUCCGCCUUGGCGGCACCAUGUCCGACCGACUGAUAUUCAGCAAAGAGGAUGCCAUCCCUGCAACAUCUUGCGAUCUACCGUGCCCCAAAAACUACUCCAAAUCCGUCUGCUCUUCAAUCCAUAUAUUAUGCGGCAAGCCCCAUCCAUUCUUCAUAAUGACUGGCAAGAAAUGGACCGAGAUCAAUCAGUUUUGCAAAGCGACGAAAAUGAGGCUCCUGUUCACCCUAAACGUAUUGCUACGCAACGAUAGUGGUUGGUACGAUCAAAACGCUAUUGAACUACUAGAAUACUCCAAACACAAAUACCACCACAUAGACUGGCAGCUAGGGAAUGAACCUAAUUCCUUUCAACAUGUUUUUAAUGUAAGUAUCACCCCCCAAGCCUUAGCUCAAGAUUUCAAGCACCUACGUAAGCUCCUCAACCAUUACCGCUACCAGCACUCUUUGCUAGUUGGGCCUGACACUACGAGACCUCAGGAGCGCCGGCCGGAAUGUCUGCGUUACAUGGUUGAUUUCCUUUCAAAUGGCUCUGACUACAUAAAUGCUAGGUCUUGGCAUCAAUAUUAUUUAAACAGCAGAACAGCCAAGUUGGAAGACUUCUGGAAUCCGGACACAUUUGAUUUACUAAGGAGCCAGUUAAAAACUAUGCAUGACCACACAACACAGUACAAAAACAUACCAAUGUGGCUGACCGAGACAAGUAGCUCAUAUGGUGGAGGUGCCCCAGGUUUGUCAGACUCGUAUGCAGGUAGCCCACUAUGGUUAGACAAGCUGGGCCUGGCAGCCACCUACAACGUCACCACAGUUGUAAGACAAAGUUUCUUUGGAGGCAACUACAGUCUAGUAGAUAAACAGUUAAACCCACUCCCCGAUUGGUGGGUAAGUGUCAUUUAUAAGAGACUAGUUGGUAACAAGGUGUUACAAGUAAACUGUAAAUGCUCACGCUUCCAGCGAAUGUAUGCUCAUUGCACAAACAGAAAAUAUACCAAUGACACAACAGCAGUGACUAUUUUUGCUGUGAAUCUGGAAAUGGCUAAAGCGAAAUUUCUUCUAAACGGAACUGCUUUGCAUGGAGAUAAUUUGUCUAUUGAUGAGUAUAUUAUUCAUGCUCCAUCAAACAAUAGACAAUCUAAGACAAUUUUAUUAAAUGGAUGGCCAUUGUAUUUUGAGACCUCUAUGCCUGAACUAGAGCCGAUCCACAUAAAGUAUGGUAAUCAUAUUUCAAUGCCGCCUUAUUCCAUUGCAUUUUGGGUCAUCAGGAAUACAUCUAUCAAAGUGUGUAAGUGA